AUGGUGCUGAAGAGGCUUGCGAAUGGUUUGGUCGAUGGCGCAGCUAGUGGGCUGGCUAGUGCAAAGGAUGCCAAGGUCAAGGCCAAAGCCAAGGCUAAAGCUCGCAAGGCCAAGCCGGCCAAGCCCAAGGGCAAGGCGGAGGCGCAUGCGGACAGGAGCAGGACAGCAAAGGUCCUGGGAGACGAGGAGGACAUGUUGAAGAUCGAGGAUGAGUCCAGCAAUGAAGACCCUGACGGGCCGACAAGACCGGGUCAGGAGGCGGCGCCCUACUUCAGCAGUUUCCAGCGGCGCAACUUCGAGCCUUUUACGAUCUUGCCUGGCCGAUGCACUGUGUUGCAGAAAGAUGUGCACACCAUUGCCACGGAGUUCAAGAAGCGGCUGCAAGCCAAAGCCGCAGAUGGAGAUUUCGGCCAAAGGGAACUACCCUACGUUGGCGGCUUCGCCAUCUUCCGGGAGAUCUUCACGGAGUGGGGCUUCUCUGUGAUCGUGGAGUACAACAAGCUUGAGGUAGAUCGCGACUGUUUUCAGUACAUAUGCGGCAUUUGCUGGUGCGCCAUGUCGGAUGCUGACAAUAUCGUCUCCAAGGUCGCUAUCGUGUUCCUCCUCUACCUCCUCUUCGCGAACCAGAAAGAGCAGGUCUUCGCCAUUCCGGCGAGCCAGGAAGUCUUGGAAGAACUGGUGGUGCUUCAGACGAUUUUAAGUGGUCAUUGCAGGGCAACGACGGUGAGUUCUGUGUCAGAAGUUGCUGGUUUCGUUGAUAAUGCUUCGGCGGUGUACUUGCAAGCUGCUUGCGUUUCAAGGACAUCGCUCGCACGUGCCCCCACACUGCGGGUUGUGUGGCUAGACUAG